AUGCAAUACCUCGCUGUCCUCCCUCUUCUCUACACUGCCGCAGCAGCCCUCGGCAUCAACUGUCGUGGCAAUGCCAACUGUGUCGGCACUCCUGAAUGCAGACUUGCUGAUCUGAUCUUGCAAGUCAGCCAACAAGAUCCAAGCACAUCAUACAGCCCCGGUCAGCACAUUGCCUGCUGCGGCAUUCCUGGCGGCAACAUCUGCGCAUUCACUCAGGGCAUUAGCAACUCGAUUACAGCUGGUGAGGCAUUGGGUAUGCUGCAGGGACUGGAAUCCCACGGCUGUGGCCAGUGCGGCAGCAUUCCCUUCAAGGAUAACAACGUCGCUGAGGGACAACUCACCGUCAACUGGACUGACCACUAA